GGUAUAUUAUCAAAAUAGACUUUUGGAACCUAUUAUUGUGGCAGGUUCACUUUGGGGACACAUAAUCUCCGGAUUAGUUAAAAGAGGUAUAAAACUAUAUUGGAAAUAUAAGAAACAAGAUGUGCGAAAAUUAACAGGAGAAGUUCAUGAAAAAGUUGAAAGAAUUAUAACCGAUGAAAAGAAUGAACAAGGACAAGUUGUUCGUCAAAAAAUCACGACAAAAACCACCACAACUAUUACCGGAUCGUAUAUAUCAAGAGCUGCAGUAUUUCUGCUUCAACAUCAUCAUUUAACUGGUCGUUAG